AUGUCAUUCGAUGCGUCUGCCGCGUUAAGCAUUUCCGACCCAGAUGCGCGCGCCGUCAGCUCCUCCUGCUUCGACUUUCUGCUCAUCGAGCUGGUACCAAUGGCCGAGCGCCUCGCCAAAGAGCUGGCGAUGAACGAGAACGAACCAGAAGAUGAGGAGGUCAGGGAGACUACGUACUUUCGACUUGAGUCUCUAGGCUACCGAGUAGGACAGGGUCUUGCUGAAAGAUUCGCCCGAGAUCGGCCUCGAUUCACGGACAAUCUCGACAUUAUCAAGUUUCUAUGCAAGGACCUAUGGACAGUGCUAUUUAGAAAACAGGUGGACAAUUUGAAAACCAACCAUCGGGGAGUAUAUGUUCUAACUGACAGUGCAUUUCGGCCAUUUGGAAGAAUGAGUAUGGCGGUGCGGGGUGAGGCGAUAUCGAUGGCACAAGCGUACCUGUGGUUUCCUUGCGGUAUCAUUCGUGGGGCUCUAGCGAACUUAGGUAUCAAUACAACGGUACAGGCGGAGACAUCGGAUCUUCCAGGGGCAACUUUCCAGAUCAAAACUGUCCAGGCCCGGCCUUGA